AUGCUGCCCCUUCUCCGCGGCGUCGUCUCCGGCCACCUCCGCCGCUCCCUCUCCACAGCCACAGCCGCCCCGCGCCCUCCCUGGGUGCUCAUGGACCGAGAUACGCUGCUCACCAGAUCCCCGGUAGCCGUCUCCUCCUCCUUCCGCCCGCCCCCCUCCGCCUCCUCCAUCACCGUCCCCGUCUGGUCCUUGGACCUACAGCCUCCCGGGGACAAGAACAACAACCUGUACAUGGACACCAUGCGCAGCCGCCUCCUCGCCGCCAGCGCCCACGGCUUCCUCCUCCUCGACGCCCACAAGUCCCGUUUCAAGCUCCACCCCAAAGCGGACCUCAACCUCCCGCCCGACGUGCUCCUCAAGGUCACGCCCUCCGACCUCGUCUGCCGGACCUUCGAGCGCCGCGUCUGCAACCCGGUCACCGGCGACCUCUUCCGCCUCCCGGACCUCCACGGCACCUCAACGGACGGCAUGGGCCUCCUCACCCAGCCCGAGAAGUACGCCGCUGCCCAGCUGGCCGAGGUCGACGGCGGCCGCCGCUUCAUGCUGCACCGGUUCUCCUCGGAGACGGGGGACUGGGGCGAGCUGCUGCUGCCGUCGCCGCUGCCGCCUGGCCGCCGGAUGCACCUGGACCACGAGCACGAGGUGCUGGACUGCGGGGGCCGGCUCUGGUGGGUGGACCUCAGCUGGGGCGCCGUCUGCGUCGACCCGUUCAGCGCCCGGCCCGAGCUCCGCGCCGUCGAGCUGCCGGAAGGCUGCGUGCUCCCCGGCCCACAGAGCGACACGGAGAUAAGGCGGCUCGUCAACCUCAAGCACCGCCGCAUGGGUGUCAGCGCCGGCAGGCUGUGCUACGCCGAGGCCGACGCGUUCCAUGUCAGGUCCUUCACGCUGGACGACGAGAGCGGCCGCUGGACGCUCGAGCACCAGGUGCCCGUUGACAGCCUUUGGCCCAAUGGCAAGGUGGUGCCUUCCAUUGCUGCUGUCGACCCGCUCAACGCUGAUGUGCUGCACCUCAACGUGGAGGAAUUUACCGUCAGCGUGGACAUGCGCCAGGAGACUAUCCUUGUGGGUAGUGCAUCUGUGCUGAGAGGCGUUUCUCCUCAGUCCGCGUCAAGCUCCUAUCUGCCAUGCGUGCUCCCAUCAUUUCUCGGAUCGGCCCCGAUUCCAGGCAAGAAUGACGUCGAAAAAAAUAAGACUCUGGCAGAUGUUCUGGUUCGUUCGGACAGACAUCCGAAGACCUGAAAGGUACAUAUUUACCAUCUAAUGCAUCUCUGGGUACUUUCUCUUAGUCGAUGCUUCUUUAUUAAUGCAUGUUUGGAUGU